AUGACAGAACAAAGCUCCCAGCUAAAACGGAAGGACCCACGCCGCCACCUACCUGCUUGCGUGCAAGACCCAGGCCCGCGGCCCACAGUUCCCGCCACCCCAGACCCUGGAGGAGGCGGAAGGCGGGGCCGCGGCCGGCUCUCCCAGCAGCUGGCAACCGCUACGCCUACCUGUGAGAGCGCAGCAUCCCCGCCCUCCUCGCGGGCAGCAACCACCCCCUCAGACGACUCGGUCUCCGGGGCAAAAAACAACCCCGGGGACUCCUCCCUCUCCUCGUGCUCCUUACGUAAGGGAUUCUCCAACCAAUGGGAAGCGCCGGGGGCGGAGCGAGAGCAGCCCCAAGUGACAGACGACCACCGAGUCCUCCCGCCGGCGGGCGCGGACAGCGCAGUUGCUGGGCCAAUCAGCGGCGUAGGCGGGGGCGCCGUCGCUGCCGCCUCGGGCGCCGCGGUGCCGGGCUCGGUGCAGCUGGCGCUGAGCGUCCUGCACGCCCUGCUCUACGCCGCGCUCUUCGCCUUUGCCUACCUGCAGCUGUGGCGGCUGCUCCUGUACCGCGAGCGACGGCUGAGUUACCAGAGCCUCUGCCUCUUCCUCUGCCUCCUGUGGGCAGCGCUCAGGACCACCCUCUUCUCCGCCGCCUUCUCGCUCAGCGGCUCGCUGCCCCUGCUCCGGCCGCCUGCUCACCUGCACUUCUUCCCGCACUGGCUGCUCUACUGCUUCCCCUCCUGCCUCCAGUUCUCCACGCUCUGUCUCCUCAAUCUCUACCUGGCGGAGGUUAUAUGUAAAGUCAGAUGUGCCACUGAACUUGACAAACACAAAAUUCUACUGCAUUUGGGCUUUAUACUGGCAAGCCUUCUUUAUUUAGUGGUGAACUUGACUUGUGCAAUGCUAGUUCAUGGAGAUGUCCCAGAAAAUCAAUUGAAAUGGACUGUGUUUGUUCGAGCACUUAUUAAUGAUAGCUUGUUUAUUCUUUGUGCCAUCUCAUUAGUUAGUUAUACAUGCAAAAUUACAAAAAUGUCAUCAGCAAAUGUCUACCUCGAAUCAAAGGGUAUGUCUUUGUGCCAGACUGUCAUUGUAGGCUCUGUGGUCAUUCUCCUCUACUCGUCCAGAGCUUGUUAUAAUUUAGUGGUUAUCACCAUAUCUCAGGAUACAUUAGAAAGUCCAUUUAAUUAUGGCUGGGAUAAUCUUUCAGAUAAGGCUCAUGUAGAAGACGUAAGUGGAGAAGACUAUAUAGUAUUUGGAAUGGUCCUCUUUCUUUGGGAACAUGUACCAGCAUGGUCGGUGGUACUAUUUUUCCGGGCACAAAGAUUAAACCAGAACUUGGUACCUGGUGGCAUGAUAAAUAGCCACAGUUACAGUUCUAGAGCUUACUUUUUCGACAAUCCAAGACGAUAUGAUAGCGAUGAUGACUUGCCAAGACUGGGAGGGUCAAGAGAAGGAAGUUUAUCAAAUUCGCAAAGUUUGGGCUGGUAUGGCACCAUGACUGGGUGUGAAAGCAACACUUACACAGUUACUCCACAUCGGAAUGGACCCAUGACAGAUACUGCUCCUUUGCUUUUUACUUGUAGCAAUUUAGAUAUCAACAGUCACCACAGCUUAUAUGUAACUCCACAAAACUGAUAGCCUUUCCAAGUGU